UGUUCAGUCUAGAAUCUUUCGUUCGUCAGUUGUAGACAGUGCUAGUGAUAACGAGUGAUACCUUCAACUGUCCGAGUCAUUUUCGAACUUGAGGUGGAGUUGGAUAUUUCUGAGUUGAAUUGUAUUGUUGCUGGUGCUUUUCAGUAUCCUGUCAAGAUGCCUCCUGUCGCAAAGAGGACUGCGACUACGAGGACUGUAGGGACUGCGGCUGCAGGCCGACUUGCCCAGGUGGUCCAGCAGGCCCAGCCCACGGUACCUACUCGCUUCACCUCGGUCCCAAUGAACUCAAAGGAUCAAGUGCAACAGUUUCGAGAGGCAAGAAAACUUCGCGAACAGGAAAGGCUUGAGAAGCUUAGAAACUGUCGCUUGAAAAACAGUUCAAAUUCUUCCUUAAGUUCGUUUUCCUUUCGGAGGUUUGGCCCUGACACUUCCAAAGUUUCUUCAUGUUCAUCUUCACAUGCGACAGAAUCGAAUAAAUCAGCAUUAUCCAUGAGAGUCCAUGAGGAAAAGAAGCGUCCCAGAGUUGACGCCCACCCCUCAACUAGCUCAUGUACUGUGCGUGAAAACAAAGUGGCAUCGUCUAGGUUGCGGCGUUCAAUUGGAGGAAGAAAAAGCAUUCUGAAAAGCAAGUGUAGUAAACUCAAAGCCUCCAAAGCGGAGGUGAAGUUAACCAAAACGACACAACUUAGAAUGCUGAAAGCGGAUCCUCUUCUCCAGCUUUCCAAUUUUAAGGCAACUGCAAGCAGUAAGAAGAUGAUCCUGCCCGCACCAGAGCCUCUCAGGCAAUAUGCAGCUACUAGACCAAUCAAACUUUUUGGAGAUGGAAAACUUGCCUCAGGAAUGAAUGGUUCAAAGCCAACUGAAACGCUGGCAGUGACUAGUACCACCCCCAAGAAGCCUUUGGGAAUCGUAUCUCUUGAUGAUGGUAAAAAGCCACAGACACCAUCACGAAUACCAGUUAAGAAGGCCUCAUUUGUCAGUCCUCUGAAACAAACUCCUAAGCCUAGCCCAUUGAGAGAAAGACUGGCUUCUUGGUUGGAAAAGCGGAACCAUUCAUUAGACAAUUUCAAGCACUUGAAAUGCUUUGGGGUUCUUGGUCCGGCUGUCAAACGACCUCAAACACCAUUUCGCAAGGUACUUUUGUCAACAAGUUUGUUGAAAGCGAUUCCAGAAAGUAAGGAGUCUACUCCCAACAAGGAUAUCUCUGAAGAUCCUUCUGGUGAUGAUUCUAGCCCGUUAAAUACAACCUUCACACUUGAAGAAGAAGAUAAAGAAAAUAUUUGCUCACCUACGGAACCAGAAGAGAAUGCAUCUGCUAUAUCUGUGGCUGAGCAGCAAACUGUUAAAGAAUUGGACCAAGCACAUGGAGUACUAUCUGAGCUCCACAAGCUGAUUCAAAUGGGUUACCCUAUCGAACAAUGUAGUUUAUGGUUGAGAGCUGUACGUCGUCGAUUCCCGCAGUGUGGAGAUGAACCCACUUACUGGGAGUGUUUGGCUGCCUUAGAAGAAGCAAGAGGUGACCUUCAAACAGCAGUUUCUUGUUAUGAACGAGCCAUUUUGCAAGGGGCUGAGGAAAGCUCUGUUCAGAGUUCUCUUGAUGAACUGCUGAAGAAAAUGUCAUCUUUGCAUAUUGAGCCUGUACUACGCAUCAAUAGAGAGAGUGUACAGAAGAUACAGCAGAACAAGUUAUUAGAUUCUUCCAACAUAAUUAAGUCAUCUUCAAUUCAAUUCGCCGUCAAGGAAAAGUGCACCCCUUCAAAGAAAAUUGAUGCUUCUGAUGAUUCUGACACACUGUUCACGGCUACUCCUGUGCGGCGUUCAGGGAGACUUGCUGGCACUCCUAAACAAGGGACACCAGGACUCCAAUGUGUCAAGUCUUUGGAAUUUCUGGAGCCAAAUGUACGCAGAUCCUUAGUUUUUCAUACCAAUAGUGCGCUGGAACCAGAAGACUGAUAUUUUUAUGUUUAAUACUUUAAGAGUUUGUUUGUUUACUACUUUUUAUUAUGUCAUUCUCAUUUUAAUUGCUUGCACAUUUAAUUAUUAUUAUUGAUUAAUUCAAAAGUAUAUUUUAAAUAAAAGGCAUUAGUAGUCCUUUUGUCCUAAGGGUUGUUGUGAGA